CGUUGAAAAAUGAAAUUACAAAAGAAAUGUAUGAUUCUUGCUCUCAUUAUUGCUUAUAAGCAUGUAGAAUCAUAUCCAACGGAUGAUUUUUUGGCAAAACAAUCAAGUUUUGAAAUAGAACCAAACAAUUUUGCAGGAAGAAUAUUGACUAAAUGGUCAGAAACUGAUCACUUUGGAAAUCCAGAAGAGCAAGGACCAUAUUUUGAAGGAGACAUAAUCGUGUCGAAUGAAAGAACGUUCUUUACGCGUCAAGCAAAAAAAUGGAAACAUGGAAUUAUUCCUUAUAAGAUAUCAGGAUCAUUUACUGAGGAUCAAACAACUAUGAUCAAAACUGCCAUUGAGGAAAUAGAAUCAAAGACUUGCAUCAAAUUGGUUCCUCAUAGCAGUGAAAAAGAUUUUAUCAUCUUCAACAACGACGUUUCUGGAUGUUGGAGUAAAGUUGGGCGAGGUGGGGGUUCUCAAACCAUAAAUCUCCAAAGUCAAUGCUUUAAAACUAUUGGCACAAUAAUUCACGAAAUUCUUCAUGCUGUUGGACUAUUUCAUGAGCAAAAUAGAAGUGACCGAGAUGAUUUUAUAGAAAUUGUAACAGAAAAUAUUAGGAAGAAGUCUCUUGUUAAUUUUCAGAAGUUUAUACCUAAUAUUUAUGAUGCUGAGGAAUCACUUUAUGAUUACGAGAGCAUCCUGCAUUAUUCGCCGUAUGCCUUCUCAAUCAAUGGAAAGCAAACAAUUAAGACAAAAGGAAGUCAAGAGAUAAUUAAACUGAUGGGACAACGAAAAGGAUUAAGCGAGGGAGACAUACUUAAAAUUAACAUGAUGUACAAAUGCUUACAAUAA